UUUCCAAGAUGGAACCAACGAAGCAAGUGACCACCAGCAACGGGGCCCCGUUGCCACUCCACGGCCUGACGGCAUCCCAAACGGCGGGCCCGCAUGGACCUAUCGUCGUCCAAGAUUUCGCUUUGCUCGACCACCUUGCUCACUUUGACCGCGAGCGCAUUCCUGAGCGUGUUGUUCACGCCAAGGGGGCUGGUGCGUUCGGGUACUUUGAAGUGACUCAUGACAUUUCGUCCGUGACGAGUGCUGCACUCUUCUCCGCUGUGGGCAAGCAAACCCCCAUCGCUGUUCGUUUCUCGACAGUCGGAGGGGAACUCGGAAGUGCCGACACUGUGCGUGACCCACGCGGGUUCGCCGUCAAGUUCUACACGGAAGAAGGCAACUGGGACUUGGUCGGCAACAACACGCCGAUCUUUUUCAUUCGCGACCCUAUUCUCUUUCCGAGCUUUAUCCACACGCAGAAGCGCCAUCCUUCCACGCACCUCAAGGACGCCAAUAUGAUGUGGGACUUCAUCUCGCUUCGCCCAGAAACUACGCAUCAAGUGUCGUUUUUGUUCUCGGACCGUGGAAUCCCCGAUGGCUACCGCCACAUGAACGGCUAUGGCAGUCACACGUUCGAAAACGUCAAGGACGGAGUCGUCAGCUACGUCAAGUACCACUUCAAGACGGACCAAGGCAUUCGCAACCUCCCGGUUGAGGUCGCGGACCACCUCGCGGGUUCAAACCCGGAUUAUGCUAUCCAGGACUUGUACGAAGCCAUCGCGCGCAAGGAAUACCCUACGUGGACUUUGUACAUUCAAGUGAUGUCGGUGGUUCAAGCGAACGCUCAUCUUGCAGCGGGAUUCAAUCCGUUUGACGUGACCAAAGUGUGGCCCCAUGACCAGUACCCGUUGCGUGAAGUUGGCAAGUUGGUGCUCAACCGCAACCCGUCCAACUACUUCAGCGACGUCGAGCAGCUCGCAUUCUCGCCAGCGCAUUUUGUUCCAGGCAUCCAGGCUUCCCCAGAUAAAAUGCUCCAGGGUCGGCUGUUCUCGUACUCGGACACGCAUCGCCACCGCCUCGGGCCCAACUACCAGCAAAUUCCAGUCAAUCAGCCUGUACAAAGCCCUGCAAAGAACUACCAGCGCGAUGGAUUUAUGACCGUGAAUGGCAACCAGGGGAGCGCCCCCAACUACUUUCCCAACAGCGAUCCCACGGCCCCGCAGUACAUCGAUCUUCGCGACCAAGCACCGCAGACCGGCGCGUCCGUAACUACCGCACGAUACAGCACCAAGGACGACGACAACUUUACCCAAGCGGGCCAGUUUUAUCGCCAGGUACUGAACGAAGCGGAGCGAGGUCGACUGGUAGACAACAUUGCAGGAAGCUUGGUGAACGCGAGUGCCGCCAUCCAAGCCCGAGCUGUGGCAAACUUUACGUCUGCUGACCGCGAAUACGGCCAACGCGUGGCUCGAAAAGUGGCCGAACUCCGCUCGAAGCGUCAACACGAACCAGCGAAGCCCGCACCUGCCAAGUUGAACCCCCCCCGAGCGUCUGGAUUCAAGCCCGUUCACCCGACUGAAAAUGCAUUGCCGCGGCUUUAAAUGUAGCAUUUGGAUCGUCAUCGCGUCUGUGAGAUCAGCUCCGUCACGAGGCAUUCGUUUCAAUGCACCAUGUUUUCGUGAUCCGU